AACAGGAGCAGGAGGAGAGAGAACAACAAGAGCAGGAGGAGAAACAAAGACAGGAGAGGACUGAGAGGAGAAGGAGGAGGAGAGAAAGAGAGAGACAGGAACGAGAAGAAAGAGAAAGACUGGAGCAGGAGGAGAGAGAACGACAGGUGCAGGAGGAGAAACAAAGACAGGAGCAGGAGGAGAGAGAACAACAAGAGCAGGAGGAGAAACAAAGACAGGAGAGGACUGAGAGGAGAAGGAGGAGGAGGGAGGAAAGAGAGAGACAGGAACGAGAAGAAAGAGAAAGACUGGAGCAGGAGGAGAGAGAACGACAGGAGAGGACUGAGAGGAGAAGGAGGAGGGAAGAAAGAGAGAAAUGGGAGCAGGAGGAGAAAGAGAGGUGGAGGAAGGAGAAGAGUGGUGGAGAAAAACAGGAGACGACAGGAAGAAGUAAAUCUGAGUGGACCUUUGUCUCAAACCUGAAAAUGUGGCACCUUGAACACAAGAAAGAGAAAAUCGUCAAGGCCCUUAUCAGGACCUGUGAUAAGGAGGAGUCCAUUGAGGCUGGUGACGAUACUCCUGAAAUGAAGGACAUUCGAGUGUGGAGGCAAAUGGCAAAGAAGAGGAAGCUGCUGAAGAAAAGGCAGACAAUAGAGGACAGAAUAAAACGCAAGAAGGAGAAGCAGAGACAAAGACAAAAGUGGACAAAGAAAGAGAGAGAAAGAAGGGAUGGGAAAGGAGCACGUAAGUGGAAGAAGAAAGGAGAGGAGGAAGACACAGAAAGUGAGGAGAGUGAAAGAGAAGAGGACACAGAAAGAUCUGGAUCUGUUCCAAAGAAAAGCCUCAUGUCAAACCUGAAAACGUGGUACCUGAAACAACAGAAGGAGAAAAUCGUCAAGGCCAUUAGCAAGACCCGUGACAAGGAGGUGGCCAUUGAUGUUGGUGAUGAUACUCAUGGAGAUGAAAGAGAUAAGAGUAUGGAGACAACAGGCCAAGAGGAAGAUGCUGCUGAAGAAACAGUCCUGAUCUGA